CGCCAAUAUUAUGUAAGGAAAAAAAAAAGUCACAAGUAAUGUAUAUAUGUGAAUUUUUCUCAAUAAUUAUUGACCAAAAAAGGGAAGAGUUUAAUAUUAAUCUUAAUAAAUAAGCAAAAAGAAAAAAAAAAACAGUAUAAACGCAAAAGCCGACGAAGAAGAAUGAUAGAGAAAAGACUAAAUCGGGUGUGAAGUAAGCGUAGUCGGGUCAUUGGAUUUUGGAAUUGGAAAUUGGAGAUCGAAGCAAAGGAAGCAGACCGAAGUCAUGUCCGGUGGAAUCGCACGUGGUCGACUCACAGAGGAGCGGAAAGCGUGGCGUAAGAACCAUCCCCACGCUUUCGUUGCCAAGCCGGAGACUUCGUCUGAUGGAACAAAUAACCUAAUGGUUUGGCAGUGUAUCAUCCCUGGCAAAUCUGGGACUGACUGGGAAGGUGGAUUUUAUCCCCUGACCCUCCAUUUUUCGGAGGACUACCCAAGCAAACCUCCAAAGUGCAAGUUUCCUCAAGGUUUCUUUCAUCCUAAUGUCUAUCCUUCUGGAACUGUGUGCCUCUCAAUUCUCAAUGAGGAUUAUGGAUGGAGACCAGCCAUCACUGUGAAGCAGAUCUUGGUUGGUAUUCAGGACUUGCUUGAUGAACCAAACCCUAAUGACCCUGCACAGACGGAAGGAUACCAGCUCUUUGUGCAGGAUAAGACUGAAUACAAAAGAAAGGUGCGACAACAGGCGAAACAGUACCCACCAAUUCUUUGAUAUCUCUCUUCCCUCAAGUCAAGUCUCGUUAUAUGAAUGAUUCUCUGGCUCUACUUGUAAGAGACCUUGACUACAUGUUACUUUUUUUUUUCAAUUUUGAGUAAUAAGGAAAUACAUUUCCCUUUUCUCUCGCUGUGCAUUUUAUGCAAUAGACAUGGUAAUGAUUAGAUUCAUUAAUGUGAAAUUACUAAUGAAAUUUACACACCA